GCGCUAAAUUAAUGGAGCAAAUACAUAAUUCAGCCAAAAGCGAACCUGUCUCGUCUCAAAGCGUGUGCAAGCUGCCGGCUCGCGGAGGUGGCCCGAGUGGCAUUGCCGGAAAAUCUCUGACGACCGGAGAAUCAAGCCACCACUCAUGGGUGCUUCAGAGUCCACUCUCUUAAACUUACAGAGACCGGGCGAUGAAAUCACCACCGUCUCGGAGAGAACAGAAAGCACAGAUCCCAUUUUAGAGAGGCUCAAAUCCCUCAAAAUCGCUACACCGAUUCUAACAUCACCACCUGCAGAGAGCAGCUUGACAGAUAUUCUAGUGAGGAAGCCCUCCUCGUCUUCGGUUUCAGGUGUUGUGAAUCCGAAGGUGAUUCUGGAGCUAUUCUCAAUGUACCGUGAUUGGCAUGAAGGGAAGGCCCAGAAGAUUAGCGAAAAACAGGAUGAGAUAGAAAACAAGAUAGAAGUUGCUGAUGCUUUGGCAGUUAAACUUCUUCAACGAUUUAAUUACUCUGUCUCAGCAAUGAAAACAACUUCGCAGCAUCUAUCAGAAGUCCAUGCAUUGCAGGUUGAGAUUGGGGAGUUGAAAGGAAGGUUGACUGAGGUGAUUAGUAACUGCAAUGCAUUGUGCAAUAGAAUUUCCAGAGAAGGGCCUGAACCUCUUCGAUCAUCUGUUGAGCCAUUUGCAGCAGCUACUGGUAAUGUAGAAACCAGUAAUGGCUCAUCAUCCCUGCAGAGAAUUUCAAAUUGAAGCCCAACUUCUCCUGGAAGACAAGUCAAACUUGUUUUGUUUGGUUUUCUUUUGUCUUUUCUUUUUUUUCAUGAAUAUGUUUCGGAAUGUAACCAAACAUCUUGGUGCUAAUUUGGUAUGCUGGAAUGAGAUGGAAUUAAAUUUAUUAAUCGACUUCAUUAUGUUUCUUGUUCAAA